AUGGCACUAAGAAACGCCACCGCCAAAUACGACUGGCCCUCGUUUGCUUCGCAUGCCGAAACCCGCUUGCAAAGGCCUGGCCAGAGGUUUCUAUCCAAACCGUAUGAUGUUGCGACAUCAGUCUCGCCAUUAGGCUGGGUCGCUGUGUGUUCGUCCAAGCAAGUACGGCUCUACAACGUACGAAAUGAGAACCAGAGUCGAGAGAUUCCACUCGCAGCCGAGUUGAGCGUUCUCAUGUCGCAUAAAGACGAGAAGAUACGAGGUAUUGCUUUGUCGGAGGAUUUGCUUGCUGUAAUCACCCACAGGCGCCUGUUGGUUUAUGAUGAGUACCGCCGACAUGGCGGCGGCGUACCCGUUUUGGUGAAGGAACAGCGCAUUGAUCAAAAUGAAUGUUGGACUCCAAGAUCAGUGUCUAUCUCGCAAAAGGGUGCUCCGUCUGUUGAAGGUGGAGCUACUGCGAGUAUCGCGGUGGGCGGGGAAGGGACAAGCGGGGUCAAGGUCUUCAGGUAUAUCUACACGCAAGGCUGGAAUGUUGAGAACCACUGCACAACAUUGACAUGCCCUCAGAAUAAUGGGGCUAUCAAGAUCGUCGGCUUUUCGCCUCUUCGGAGCGAUGCUGUAUAUGGCCUCAUGGCUUUUGCUUUGUCAACAGGAAACCACUUAUACUGUUGGAAUAUCAGUAAACAAUUGAGUUUCAAGUCAAAUAUGCGUCUGGAUCCGAUUUGGCACGUUGACUGCAAUGCGAGCAGCAGCGAACGCGCUUUUCGCGAUGAGAUAUCGACAGCCACUCUGAUUAUUUCACCAACGGGAAGGUCUUACAUUCUUUGUACAGUGGACCACAAGCCAGGAUCAAGUCUCCCCCGAACCUUCAUCGUACCAGUUGAUACUUUUGAAACCAACCCACAAACCCUCCGGCAACUGAUUAAACCGCUACCCGACAGUGUGGUGGGUUCAAGCGUUCUUGCCGGUGCAACAUCCUGUAAUGGCCGUUUCGUAGUGGUUGUGGAGAAGGGCCAUAACGAAGUCAACAUGAAACUGUUGACUCUCCGUGCAGCGCCCAUGGGUGGGCUGACAAGCUCAACUGCUGGUCUACUUUCAUGGGUUGUUAAGCUGCGGGCAAGUAGUGCCGACGCAUCAAGGAUAUCGAUUUCCAUCUCAGAACAGAAUGCCGCUCUCGAGAUUACCGCCGUUGAUGGACAAGGGCAUAUCGUGUGCUCGAGAAUCAGCGUACCGGAGAUGCUGCAAGACCGGUUGCGAUAUCUCGUACCACCCCCAAGGCACGCCGCUCCUUUCGAACUUGCAGUAUCAGAGGAGCCUGCAGAUCGUAUUGAUAUUGUUCCGGGCUGA